AUGGUGGCCCUCACCGUUCUUGCAGCCCGUAAUCUGAUUGCAACGUACUGGAAAUCCUUGGUGUGUCCAUCCCUCAACCAACUUAAGGACAAACUUCGACAGUUUUAUGUAUAUAAGCGUAUGUCUCUAGACUCCCCGACCAAAAGCAAGAAAUUCCAUGAAACAUGGGCUCCAUGGCUGUCCCUGAUGA